UAAUUCUCAAUACAUACAGCAAAUAAAAACCUAAAACCCUAAAACAACACCAACUCAUCAAAUCAAAACCCUCGUUGCAUCGGAAACAAAUUGCAGCGCACUGAAAAGCCGGAAAAACGCCGGCGAACUCAGUCGGCGUAGGGAGCAACUCCGCCUCCAGAAACACCGACAAAUUCAUCCAGGUGAGAGAAGAAGAAGAUGAAGACUCUUUCGGGACGAUGUGAAUCGUCCAAAGCGAUAUCACUUUCCAAAGCUACCAAAAUUCUCUCCAAAUUUGUCUCUGCUGACAAUGGUGCUUCGCAAGUCAUCAGUGCCUAUCUGCAUCGUGCAUCGGAUGCUUUCGAUGAGCUCAACCAGAUUCAUAGGGAGCUUAAACCCUCGCAGUCUCAUAGGAAGAAAAGCCGCAGCCAAAGCCACACAACAUAUGAUAGUAGUGAGAGAGUAGGUGAAGUUUCUGUUACGAUUGUUGAUGUGAAAUCUGAAAUCGGGACUAAGAGGGAAGAGGUUGGUGGUGAGAAUGAGAAUGUUGAUGAAAAGUUGAUUGGGAAUGAUGUUAAAUUGGGUCGAGAAACGAAUGGUUCUGUUGUGGGUGGAAGUGAGAAGCUUAGUAAGAAAGAUAAACAGAAGAAGAAUGAAUUUGGUGAUAACGAAGGUGAGGGAAAGCUACCGGAAAAGGAGCAAAAUCGGGGAGAUGAAGGAAUGGUGGAGGGAAAGAAAGAGAUAGAAACAAAGAUAAGUAACAAUGGAAAAGUAGCUGCUAGGGAAAAAAAUGAAAUUGAAUUAAGUCAGGACGGUGAAGGAGGAACAGAGGGGAAGAAGCAAAAAAAAGAGAAGACGAAGAAGAAGAAGGAGAAGAGUCUAGAAGAUGAGAAUGCAGAGGAACAAAAACAACAGAAAGAUAUAGAGAAAAAGAUGAGCGACAUUGUGAAGGUUGAAAAUGGAGAGCUGGUUGUUCCUCAGGAUAUAGAAAUUAGGUCCAAAAAGAGAUAUGAAGGAGGGAAUGAGAAUACAGUACUUGCUGGAGAGAUAAAGACGGAGCAAAGGAAGAAGAAGAGGAAGAAUGAAGAUGCAGAAGAUAGAUCUGAGGAAAAGUCUAAGAAGAAAAUGAAAAGGAAACAUGAGGAUCAAGCAUAAAUUUAGGUCUUCAUUAAUUCACUUUAUAACUGUUACAAUUUUGUUUCAAUUUUGAUCAGGAAUUUUCACUUGCAAGAUUGCUUACAUUGUGGCAUCACUUUUUGUACUAUCAUAGAACAUAAGAGGAAUUUGCUUAUUGAUUCCUCUUCAUUGUUUUUGUGAUACUAGGAUUAUGCGUAAGUUUAUGUGUUUACUAUAUUCACUUGUGAUAGUCAAGUCUUUUUCAAAAUUAAUGAAGAGUUUUCUUUCACUUGUAAGAUUGCUUACAUUGUAGCAUCACAUUUUGUACUGUCAUAUAACGUCAAAGUAAUUUGCUUCUUGUUUCCUCUACUGUAUUUUUGU